AUGGAGAUAGGGGAUUCCAUAGAGAAUCUUCUAGCACUGCAGUCUGGCCGUAUGAACUACUCCUAUUUCAUCCCUAUCAGAACAAAGGACACAACCAGCUCUAGCGAUGAGGAUAGUGUUAGGGGCUACAAACACAACCGGCGCAAGAGAUCCUCUGGCACCACUACUGAUGCUACUUCCCACAGUACUCAGCAGAGCAAGGAUGAAGAUGACAAUAGUAACUCGUCCAAUGAUUCAGACCUUCUUCAAGGUGGUGGUGGGAGGGGAACGGGAGGAGGGUACCAUCGAGGGAGCCACUCAGAUGGAGGGGGCAGCAAGACAGUUUGCAGACACGAGAGCAUCAGCCUCACUGCCAUAGAGGACUGUCCAACUGACCACGAGGUGGAUGAGAAAGCAGCUCAGUUGAGAAAGAGUUUUCCACGAGAUCGCCAGGGAAGGCUGCGCACUUCUUCCACUGGCAGCAUUCACAUUUGCUACAGUGACUCCAACACUUCCAUGGAGGAUGUCAGCAAGAACUUCUGAUGGCGUAAUCAUUACAUCAUCAUAAAAUGACUCUAUUGCCUCGAAUACAUGCAUGAAGAUGUUGGUCGUGUGAAGUUUGUGUGGUUCCUGCAUUAUAAAUUUUCCAAUCUUCAAUUGAGGAACAUUUUAUUUUUUUGAUAAUCCCAUAUAACCUCAUGUCAUCAAUCAUUUUUUCGAAACUGCAGCCCCGUAUAACUGUAUUAUGUCAGACAUCAGUAGACAGAAGUGCAAGUGUAUUGAAGAGUGUGUUUAC